UUGAUGGCACCGUUAAAAGUACAUACAAGAAUGUGAUAGUUUUUUAAGACUUCGUGGGAAUUUCGUAUAGGUGGUACUAGGUUGGAUCGUAACAGGGGAUGCUGGAACGCGGGAAGUUUUGUUCCAGUGCCGCAAUCGCAACGGCCUUGGCAGUUUCAGGUGGGAACCAAACUAGCUCUGACAGUGAAACUACUAAAUUGUCUUUAUAUGCGGCGAAUGAGCGAUUCACUUGCAAUCCUGACAAUCUGUACGCGGUACCACGAAUUGGUUUACAUGAGAUAGAAUGGAUAGAGGCUGACUCGCUAGAGGCUGAUGUUUCGAGAUUCGUAGCCGGUUCGUCAACAGUAACAACGACCACAACGCGAAAUAAUCUAAAAAAAUGUUGCCGAACUUCGACCAGUUCCGGUUACUCCAGCCAUUCUCCGCCAUUGUCGGCUGGUUCAUAUUCUUGUUACACAUCAGCAGUCUCCGGUCAGAGUCUUUUUCGAGGAAUACCUUUAACAAUGAAGGAUCAAUUCAGCGGAGGUCUUGCUGUAAUUCACGAGAGCGAGUCAAUUCCACGUCCUAUUUGGCCGACUGCAUUUCCCAAUCCGCGCGAACUCUAUCAGAGCGAAGAAAAUCCCGAAUAUGAUACUUUGUACACAUGUUACGGAUGCAGUUGCGCAUAUACCUAUUCAUAUUGCGAUUGGGAUUAUGAAAAAUCUGCAAGUAUAUCGGCACACGAUGUCCUCCUUGAAUUAUCUCAAACGCUAAACUCUGUGAUAGAAGGCAAAAAUGCUAUGACACCAGAAGAGAUCUUGCACAAUAUCUCGUAUAAGGUGGCCCAAGGAAUUGGUUUGAAAGGAGGACUUUAUGAGUACGUUUACCAUAAUUCCUCUUUUUUACCAAGCAAACGAUCGUUCUUAAACGACAAGAAUUCGUGUCUAUUAAGUAGCAAUAAAAAUUCGUCGUCGAAAAUCAAUCCAGUAAACUCAAAACUUUACGAUAAUACACGACACCUUUAUCUGCACAAUCCAUGGUACACUUGCUUAUGCACUUGUGAACAUACUCACAGAGUUUUGUCGUCUUCUAAAAAUGACAAACAAACCAAGACGCACGAUGGAUCAGAAAACAAAGAAAAUCCACCUGUUAUACUUUUCAUGGAUAAUCAUUGUCAAAGAACAAAUUCAGAAUUAACACUGCAGAACGAUAAAAACACAUUUGAGUCGCACGUUUGCAAAUGCUUAAAUCGUUCAAUUGCUCUCGAUAAAAAAACGAAAAACAUAUACUUGAACCGUUGUAUUAGAAGUGAUACGAAAGAGGCGAUCAAUAUUAAUGAAGAAAACAAACAGGACCGGGAUAAAGUUAUUUCUAACGAACCAGAAUACUCUAUGCAGUUGGAGUGCAGUGACGGUGAUUCAUUCAACAAAGGUAGAAUCUUCUCAUCCAACAGAAAUAAUUGGGAUUAUCGUGUGCGAGGAUUUGCCGAAGACUUAGAUUUCACGCUCGACGUUUCACGAGCGGAACGCUUAGGUCGUGUAAUUGCAAAAGCAAAACGAAAACGACAAUGGUGCAGAGCUCUGACCGCCUUCUUCGGACUAGUCUUCUUUGUUUUAAGUGUCGUCAUUGUUUCCUUAUCAGUAACAAAAGGACGUAAAGUAUUUGGAAGCAUGUAAUUCGAUUUAUAAAUCAUAACAACUUAAUAAGAGUACUUUCGUAACUCUAGUAAAAAUACUGACUGACACUUGCUUUAUAUGCUUUUAGUACCUUAUAUUGUUAAGCUAAAAUAAUAGGAUCUAAAUCCUGUUAGCAAUAUAUGGCUGUGACCAUGUUUUCUUAUGUAUGAAUAUUAAUAUGCAAUGUAUAUCCAGAUAAAGUAAUAUUAAGUAAUAUAACUAAGAUAAACGAUAAGA